UGGUUUCAAUCGCACUCGUAAACGACUCGUUUCAUUGCGCCGAUGCGCGGUCGGUCGGCUCCUACCAGCCAGAAAUGUUCCAAUCCCGAUAGAGAGCUGGCUCGGUGAUAGUUCGGACUCCGGAUUCGCUCAGACAUGGGGGAGAUUGUCUUCGCGUGCGCGUGUCUCAAUGUGGAGCUUCGCUGUCCCGAAGCUUCCGCAAAGUCUCUCCGCGAUGAACCUCUGGAAUCGGUCUUCGGGGAGAAUCUCUGCUAUCUAGCGAAGCCGCAGAAACGAGUAACUCACGAUUGGCUCUUGCGAGAGAAGAGGUGUGGAGAGAACGAGUUGAGACAUUGCGCCGCUUGUAAUGCACUUGUCUUCGCAAUUCAAGGACAGGACUUUGUGGUCCCACAGAAACUCAAGAGAAGUGACAAGGAGCUGGAUUGCCUCCGACAACACAAUUGCUUCUCGGAAUGUCUCCAGAUCAUAAUCGAUCCGUCGAGCACGCUGCUACAGCGCGGCCUUAUCGACACUGAGACGGCCCGAAAGGACUCCCUAGUCCCCGGCUACCUGCAGAACGUUCGUCUCAAAAUGAUUCAGGUGGUGAAACAGGUGAUGACAGAAAAACACAGAAUCAUCGAAGAGCAGCAUCGGAGGGCACUGGAACAGUGGCGCGCACUGCAAUCGAAGUGCGACUAUCAGUGCAAUACGUUACUGAAGAUAAUCGAAUAUCAAGAGAGCGCCGAGGAGCGAAGAUUCUCGUCAGCGACCACGAAAAGCUGCUCCUCGGUCAGACGUUCAGAGUCUACCGAGAGUAAAGCAUCGCUUCUCAGCAGUAAGGAGCCCGCUCUAGAUGACGACGUCUUUGAAAUGCAGUUCAAUGACGAAGCCAUUUACGAGGACGACUCUCGGACAGAGCCAGCGGAGGAGGCCAGAGAAUUGAGUGGAACAGAUGACGAAGAUGAGGGCGUUUCUACGACGAGUCAGGAACGCACACAAAAGUCGGACAUGGAUCUCAGCCAGUACGCGACGUCUCUGCCGAUCGAGGUUCCGAAAGAGGCAUCGAAUUGGCAAGGCCUAAGGCUUGACGAAUCCUCCAGGAGCAGACUGGAACAGAGUCCCGUCAAGCCAGAAUUCGAGGAUAUCGCUCGAUCUAUGAAGGACCUCUCGGACCGGAUGAUGGACGACCAGACCAAAAUGUUUGGCGAUCUUCCGAGACCGAGAUUGUACACGAACCAUUUUUGAACAGAGCCGUAACUUUGCCUUUGGUCGAGAGCGAAUCCGCUGAUCUUUCGCUAAUUGAUACACGCCAACACACAUACAUACACACUCAAUCAAUGGAACUUUUUCCACCCCGGUUUUCUGUUAGAUGGUAGUGACGAAGACGCUGGGGUGCGGUUAAGGUGUAGAGCGAUGUUCGAUUUUACGGAAGAAGGUGAUAAAUAUAUCGAUGGGGGAUCGUGUUUGUUGCUCCGAUUCGGCUGAUGCACGAAUUUCCGGGAGGAGAUCUCCUCCGGUCCGACCCGGUAAAAGCUAAAAUCUUGAAAACGUUCGGAAGCAAUUAUUGUUUGGGAGGAAGGCACCGAGUUCCGAAAAUGAACACACCGGACACUUGAGAGUUUUCAUGAUUCGGGAAUCCUCCAUUGAGCCGGCAGACUCAUCGACUUUAAGUGAACGGUAUCAGGGGGGGGGAACUAAAUGCGACUGUUUCCUUGUCCAUGAGUGGUUUCCACCAUCGACUUCAAACUAUGCCAAGAGGAGAGCUAUUUAAAGGCUGAACAUUCAGCGCGCGUCAGGGCGGAUCCAAGUACAUAGUCGGUGUUAUAUCAGAUGCGCAGAUGAAAAAAGAAAAAAAUAU